AUGAGCAAUGAGAAGUUGCGAAUGAUGCAGAAGAGAAUGCGUCACAGAACCAGCUCUGAACUCCAGGCUCAGAAGGAGACUAUGUCACUGGGAGCUGACAGGAUGGCCAUCUGGAAGUUAGCAAUAGGAACGACGUUUUUACUGCAGACUGGAGUUGGAGUUCUGGGGAAUUUCUCUCUUCUUUGCCACUAUCUCUACCUUUACUGCACGAAAUGCAGGUUUAGGCCCACAGAUCGGAUCCUCCAGCACCUGACUGUAGCCAACUGCUUUGUCACUCUCUCCAAAGGAGUCCCGGAAACGCUGGCAGCUUUUGGACUGACACAUUUCCUGGGUGAUCUUGGGUGCAAACUUGUUUUCUAUCUUCACAGAGUGGGCAGGGAUGUGUCCAUGGGCACCACCUGCCUCCUGGGUGUCUUCCAGCUGGUCACCAUCAGUCCCAGGAGCUCCAGGUGGCCGGGACUUAAAGUGAAAGCUCCCAGGUAUCUGGGCACCUCCAGCAUCCUCUGCUGGGUCUUGAACCUGGGGCUAAAUAUUACAGUUUUCAUGAAUAUGACUGGCAGGAGGAGCAACCAAAAUAGCUCAAAGGAAAUGGAUUUGGGGUACUGUUACGCUGUCCUUCAAGAGAAAAUUACGUCGGCGCUGUACGUACCGUUGUUAACAUCCCGGGACGCCGUGUGCAUGGGAGUCAUGCUCUGGGCCAGCGGCUCCACGGUUCUCACCCUGCACAGGCACAAGCAGCGGGUCCGACACAUCCAUAGGAACUUUAGGCCCACUUAUGAAACAGUGGCAUCACAAGAGGGUAAUUAA